AAUUAAAAAAACAUCUAUUUUUAAAAAAAUUCAUCAAAUUUCAAUGAUCCGGCCGAGGGAAGAUUUGAGUAGGCGCGCGCGUGGCAGCAGAAGGUACUCGGCCAUGGCUGCUAUGAACGAUCCGAUGCUCGGUUAGGGUUAGUGCUGCCGUUCGCUGGUUCAGUUUGGUGCGCGCCGGCGACGACUAUUACUAAAUCGCUCCUGACUUGUUAAAUACUCCAGGUCAGGAUUAAUCCAGUAGGAUUAAUGUUAGCUAACUAACCUGCGUCUCCACGUCAGUAUAGAUAUUUGGGAAGGGAUACUCGGAGUCGGAGUGGGAUACGAUCCAGGCAUUGAACUUGCAUAGGUUGGAUCCAUCUCCAACUCCUUUCCUGAUUCUAUGGCCUACAUAACCUACCUCGCCCGCACAGGCGCACGCCAUCUAAGGAUAUCGUUCACUGCAGCCGUCGCCCGUACGUCCCCACCGCCACGACCGCCGGCCAUCACCAUGGACUACGAUGACAUGUUAGAUUGGAUCAUAUGGGUGCUUUUGUUGAUCUUCGCCGUCAUCGCUGCGCUCAGCGCCGCCGUGGCGCUCGUCGUGGCGAUCGCCGAGGUGGUCCGUCACGUGCGGCAGCACUGCAAGUGGCUGUCCAUCGAGCGGCUGCUGGAGAGCAUACCCGACGUUGCAUACAAGCAGAUGCCCGAUCGAGACGGCGGCUCUCCGUCGGAGGAGGGGAAGGAGUUGCGCAGGAGCCCGAGCUCGUGCGUGAUCUGCCUGGCGCAGUACGAGGGUGGCGAGCGGUGCAGCGUCCUGCCGGGAUGCGGCCACGUUUUCCACAGGGGCUGCGUCGCGACGUGGCUGCACACCACGCACAACACCUGUCCGCUCUGCCGGGCGACGAUAGCCGCCGGCGCCGUGGCACGGAAGGACAACGCCGCAGAGGAUAUGGUGUAACAAGAAGCCUAGAAGUAGAGUCUCGUUUUUACCCCACAGUUUUUGUUGCAGCUCAGGUUAUAUUGAGGCACAUUUUUGUAAUUAAGCAAGUAUAAUGUAUUUCUCUGAGCUCGGUUUUUGCUGAAUAAUUGCAGCACCUAUUUUUUCA